AUGCUGGUUCGCGCGCCGUGUAUACUCCCUUUUGUCUUCACGGUUUGCUGUUGGUUGCGUGAUAAUGCCGCGAUCCCACUAGCCUCUGAUUUGUCAGUCGCGAAUCAGAUGCGGAAUGUAUUCGAAGAGGAAAAAAUAGACUCCCAGGAUAACUGGCGCAAUGCUGCCUCGCGGACGAAGAGGAGUGUAAAGUCGCAGAGCAGCUCGCCCGAAGAUUCGCUCAAUGACAAAGUUUCAAUCUCCCCGGAAGACAAUGGGUCGCCGAAGGGCAAAGUGAAGAUAAAUAAUCAGAACGUGAACGUGAACACGAACAUCCUCCGGCAGCAGCGAGGUCGAACUAAGCCGGUGAUCACCGCCACGACGCACAACCCUAAACUUCUAAGCCCUAAACUCGUCGAGUUGCCGGAGGACCGGAGUUGCGUGAGCGUCAGGAAGAAGAACCAGAGGUAUUCGAGCAGCUUCAUCGGGAACACGACGAGCAAGGGGGGGCUGGUGGUCGACAAGGAAUUCGACGAUGUGAUUGGCAAUAACUCCAAGGCGAAGACUACCAGUAGCGUGCACGUCGGCGAGGACAUCACUCUAUGCUGGAUCGAGACGACGACGAUCAAGGAGGACAAGAACGUGCGGCCGCCGAAGAGGCUGGUGAUCCGCGAAUACACGAUCUCCUUCGAGAACUCGGCGACCAUACCGGAUCGGUAUCUCGAGUGCGAGAGACUCGAGGGCGAAUUGGCGGCGAACGACCCCGAAGUCGGCAAGACCGCCUUAUUCGAGGUGAUAGACGAGAACACCAAAGCGAGCAGGAUCGUCAAUUUCACCACGGUCAGCAACGUCGGCGACGUUCUCAUCUGGCAACACAAGAAGGUGAAAUGCGGGGUCGGGCCGGUGGUCAACAAGAACAUCAUCGAGUGGCACGAUGGCUCAAAGAACCCGAAGAAGCGGGUGGAGAUCAAGGUCAGCCCCGAGAUACAUCAGUUGGCGGAGAAGAAGAGCGAGGAAGAGCCCUGCACCGAGGAGAUUGACGAGAGCAGUGAAAAGUACAAUCGCACCAGCGAAUCGACCGAGUCCUGCGAGAACACCGCGGAGAGCGGUGCCUGCAAGGUGACCACGCACGACGAGAUCAGCAGUACGAGUACCAGCAGUAGCGAAAGUAAUAGCAAAAGCAGUAUCGAAAGAGGCAGCGAUGAGACGCUGAUUUUGCCCAUCGAGCAUAAAGUUCCAACGAUGUCUUACAAAGUAACGGUCCCGAGACCGACGAGCACCACCAAAGCUCCGGUCUUCGAGAAGAGUGGCGAGUCGGUUCCCACGGACGAAGAUUGCGACGAAGAAUCGUCGGACCCGAAAUGCGCGACGCCAAUAAGCGAUGUGUUCUCCUCCGAAGAGUCGACUGUCGAGUCGUCGACCGUCGAGGAUAAAUCGUCGGAAAGGUCAUCCAUUGAAUCUUCGUCCGGCUCGAGUGAGAGUAGCGUGGCGUCGACGAUUCCCUAUUCGUCGACUGAACAAACGACUACGAUCGCGAAAACGACUAAGAAAAACGUCCCGAUCGAAUCCGAAGAUGUCUCGAAUUCCACCGAUGUUAGUAGAUCGUUCGACCAGACGAAGGAAUCUAGCGUCUCUACGCCUGCGGAGACGACGGAAAGUAGCUCCUACGAAGACGUCGAUAAAGGAAGUUCCAUGAGUAGUAUGGAGUUAAAUAUUAGUACCGUGACUUCGGAUGAAGCUGGUCUCGAGAAAAUAGUCACAUCUACGUUACCAACGCUUGGACUCACCAAUAUCAUGAAGGUACUGAAACACGGAGUGCCGGACGAGUGGUCCGAAUCAUCCGAAUUAUCCGAAACAUCCGAACCAUCCGAUUCGUCCAAAUUGCCCGAAUCGUCCGAAUCGUCAUUGACCUCGGAAUCUUCCUCGAUGUCCGAGGAGGAGGAGGAGUCUUCCGAAGAGUUUGAAGACACUGUAACCAUCAAGACGAUCGACAGAGAGACGACGGUCGAGCCGGAGAUCAUCAAGAAGCCGGAUCAAUUUAUCCCGACGGUUUUAACAACGUCCUCAUCUCGUCCACCGAUCGUGUUGCCCCCGGCAUCGAGUAGCGAGGCCGAUUACACCUGCGAGAAUUCCGAAGAUUGUGCACGCCCCACCAGUACGUCAGCAUGCGACGAGACCGGCGAUUGUCACACGACCAGCAGCAGAUCCUGCGAGUCCGGCGAUUGUCUGGACGAAGAGAUCGACUACUCAGAUUAUGAGACGAUCUCGCUUGAGAACGCGACCGAAGCCGUGAGCACGACGAUGGUCGCGUUGACCUCCGAGAAGAUCGAAAAUGACUCGACCGAGAUCAGCAGCAUCCCCACCACCGUGGAGACCCGAAGAAGCACCUUGUCGUCCAUAACCGUAACUAAGCCGCGGCACAAGUUUACGUUGAAGGUGAAGAUCCUGCUGGAGCACGUGAACGAAAAAAAAGAGAAGGAAAAUUUGGUUGAGGUCGAGAAGAGAAUGCUGUUGAACGAGAACCCGGACCGCCAUCGGCAAAUGACGGAGCUGCUCGAGCAGCUCAAGUCCCUGAAUGACUCCGUCAAUGUGGAGACCAUGAACGCGUUGUUGAACUGCACCAGCCUGAGCAGGCUGACGAAAAACGCGAACUUAAUCAAGGUGGAACCCAACGACGUCGACGACGAGAGCCUCGAGGGACGUUCCGAGGACUUACGGGAGCUCAGUUCCGAGCACGCGAAUGCUAACGAGGACUCGCAGUAUCCUGAGACCGACGAGAAGUUCGAAGCGGUGACUCGAAGACGACGACGGAGAAGUCUCGACGCGAACCUCAUGAUGGCAGACUCGAACAACAUGCUGGCAGAGGCGAGCGGACUCCACAUUGCCGAGAAAAGCCGUCUCGAUCUUAAUGAUCUCUCGACGUCAGAUUUGAACAAUUUUUCCGCUUUGCGGUACAAGCAGCAAUAUGAUAGUCUUCCGACGGAGGAGAAUCAGCUGUUCACGACGACGCGUCCCGAGGUGGGGACAAUCGACGUCGCGCACGUGGGAGAUGAGAGGAACACGACUAGAGGUAAGAACGAGAGCGAAGUGAUCACGGAGAUAAAGAACGUCAUCAACGUAACGAAGAUGGAGGUUAUAUGGAAGACUUUACCGGGAAUAAAGAAGGACGUUUCGACUGGACUGAAGCACAUGAUGUCAGGGUUGAUGCGAGGUAAUCUGAUGGAGGGCGGUAAAAAGCUGGCUGUAUCAAGCUUGAUGGGUAUCCUAGCAAACCCCAAAGACAACAGGAUUCACUCGAGGAGAAGGCGAGAGGCCAUGGAGGAGGUGGGGCGUUGGUCAAACGAGAGGAUCAGGAAGGCGCCGAUCUUGGGCGGCAAUCUUCGAAGUUUCACCGAGUUCACAUUGUACAAAGUUUCGUCUUGA